AAGCAAGGAAUAUUGUCCACGAAGGCAGCCAUGGCUUUAAACCAUGCGCUCUAGGGUUCAUUGUACGCAUGCGCUCACAUUUUACGCAUGCGCUGUAGUGGAGUACAACCCGAGUUACGGACAUACACGUGUGCACGAUAACAUAUUGGACAUAGUGCCUUGGGCUCUACGAGCACUAGGCACAAUAAAACGGAAAGAAGAACGAGAUAUUUACCUCAUGAAAGAGAUUCGUCUCAGACAUCAACAAAUGCCAGAUUAGUGUCACAAUCUGAGCAACUGCACACCUACCCAUCCCCUAAUGUUGGUAUCUAAGCAACUGCACAUCUACUCCUCCCCUAAUGUCAGUAUCUGAGCAACUGCGCACCUACCCCUCCCCUUAUAACAACAGUCAACAAUUAAGGGCCGAUGUCAGAUUAGGGGAGGGGUAGGUGUGUAAUUGCUAGUGUAGCGUGACUAUUUUAUUUCCUAGUCACGCGAUCGUGUAAGGACAACAUUCGCCCCGGUUUCUGCUCCUCCGGAAUCGGUUAAUUCCUCUUUCAAAAUGGUCGUAAACAAUUCCGAGAUUCUCCUGUCCAAAUGUGCCCAGUUUAGAGACGAGGAGCAGUUCACUGACGUUCCUUUAAAAGUGGGGGAAGACAUCUUUCCAGCUCAUCGCAUUGUUCUGGCUGCGAAUAGCGAUUAUUUCUACGCCAUGUUUACAGAUGGAAUGAAAGAAGCGAGCCAGGAAGUAAUCGAGCUGAAAGAUGAAAGCAUUUUAUCUGAUAUUUUAAACAUUAUACUGGACUCCAUCUACACUGGAACCCUUCAGGUUAACGAAGAAAAUGUGUUUGAAGUUCUUGCGGCAGCAGAUCACCUUCAAGUGACGACUGUUGUUCAACAGUGUUGUGAUUUCUUGCUGACCAAGUUCGUUAAACUUCGCUUUGAUUUUGAAACUUACUCUCGUAUCUGGGAAAUUGCUCACAGCCAUGGCCUUAAAGGUCUAAAAGAAGCUACUGAGAGUGAAAUGGCUAAGAAGUAUAAAGAUGUUUGCGAAAGCGAGGAAUUUUUGGCUCAUAUCGGCGGCGAUCAGUUACUCAGCCUCCUAAGUCGAGAUGACCUCAAUGCACCUUCGGAAACGUUCAUCUUUCAAUCGGUGAUGCGAUGGAUUAAACACGAGAAGGAGGAGAGAAUGUCUUUUGCUGCCAAAGUAAUUGGAGCAGUGCGAUUAGCUUUGGUAAAUAUUAGGGAGCUGAUCGCUGAACUUGAUACAGAGGAAAUGCAGCGAGAUCCAGAGGUUCACAUGCACUUGUAUUCAUCUCUCUUGUACAGCUACCUGCCUUUAAGAAGGCCUGAGUUCGCAGCAGAGAAAACUAAGGCAAGGUCCUCGAAACCGGUUCUUGUUGCCAUUCAGCAGCAAGCAGAGAUGCAUUACUUUGAUGCUGAAACAAAAUUAUGGAGACCUCUGCCGUUCAUGGCCCGACUGAUUGAGGCAACUGAGUGUUACUGUGCAGAGUACGUCGGUAAUCACCUGUAUGUAGCCGCAAAAAGGGAGAAAGAUUUUGUUAUGUAUAGUUAUGAUACAGUUAAUAAUGCCUGGGAUACAUUACCAACAAUUCCAGGGUUUAAUUUUAAGACUGACUGCUUGUGUUCAAUGGGUGAUUAUAUCUAUGCAAUCCAUGAAUCGAAACCACCUCACAGAUUGAGUUUGAAUACAAAUCAGAGGUAGCGUAUAAAAUCUUUCAAUCCAGAUCGGUUUACUCCUGGUUCAUUUCGCGGUAAAGCAUCGAUUAUUUUCAAAUCACGUUUAUAUGUACUUCAUGGUCAUUUAGGAGGAUGUCCUUCUUACUAUGAACCGGUACCGGCUCAAGUGCAUUUUUUCAACCCAAGGACAAAUAAAUGGAAACUCACGGAACCAACCAGAAAUCCUCAUUAUCGAUCAAGUCUUUUGGCAGUAAACGAGAAACUCUGUGUCGCUGGGGGAUCUGAAUCGGUUACCCAAAGAUGUGGCUCACCUGUUGGCAGUGGAGCCUCUGUUGAGGUUUAUGACGAGGAGAACAACUCCUGGUCUAUUAUUCGACAAAAUCAUAUUCCUCCAAAUGAUCUUAACGCAUUGGAAAUAGAAGGGAAAGUUUAUUUUAUGAUAAACAAUUUUCCAAUUGAUAGCGGAAUUAGAUUUUCGCCAGCCGAGGUUUAUCCCUUACCUUUGAA